ACAAGGCAUGCAGCCGACUGCAACAGUUACACCGGAGCCGUCCCCUGCCUCCAGCGAUAUUCCCGGCAGCUACAGAAGCGAAGCGGGUGCUCCGGGGCCGCUGUGGUAAAAUGAACACUAAUAUAUCACAAUAUAAGAACAGUUGAACAUUCCCAACGUAUCAGCCUGGGAUCCAAGCAGCGUUGGGUUUCGGAAGUUUGUGUCUGUUUGUCUUGCGCUCUGGGCGAGUCUCCUCCCUCUCGGCUCCCGAUGGUUGGCUCCCGGAAUCCUUUAUAAAGCGUGCAUGGCAUUCGGUUGAUGGACAAUUCCUGGAUGUGGGAGGAAGGCGUGCCAGACUGAAUGAGCAGAGUGUGUUGAGACCGAAACAACACACACAAAAAAAAAAUUCCCGCGAGCGCACUCGAACGGAGGAACCGUCCGGCCCAAGACCCGGGACACCUCGAUUCCUUCUGCAAGGGCACGGGCUGAACCCGCGAUGCAGGUCUCCAGUUCGCACCGUUAGCAGCCUGAAGACCACCCCCCGCACGUUGCUCUACUCUCCUCUUCACGCCCUGUAAAGACGGGUUCUUGCCUUGCAAACAAAGAAAUGAAUUCUACUUUUUUCAAUCAGACUGUGGUAGAGACAGGAUUGUACUCUGCCAAGGAACAUGGUCUGGGUACGGUUCUUGGAUGUUGUAACCAAAGCGCAGUGACUACUGACGGCUCCCUCAACCUCAAUCAAGAGGAGCAAAAACUCUUUAUUAUGAGAGUGGUGCAGAUCGCUGUACUCUGUGUGCUCUCAUUGACUGUCAUUUUCGGCAUUUUCUUUCUAGGUUGCAACUUAAUGAUCAAAUCCGAGAGCAUGAUCAACUUCCUGGUGAAAGACCGCCGACCCUCCAAGGAUGUAGAAGCUGUGAUAGUUGGCUUGUAUUAGGAGGAGCCCCGCUUCACCUUUUUUUUAAUAAUCAGUGAGCUGGUGCUGAUUGUACACUGUCCGCGGAGCACCUCCCCUGAGGCAGGGAGAGGGACCUGGGGCGGUGAGGUGGUACGGUUAAAGCACGGAUCGGUGGGUUUAAACAAAGAGGGAAACGGAAAAGAGUAAAAUGGUUGCACGUGGUAUAAAAAUCACAUUUUCUUAAAUAGAGUUUCUGGGGAAUUGUUGGAAUUUGCAGAUGGAUGUUUUAUGCCCUUGCUGAGCACGAGAGCAUUAUUUUGCAUGCAGAACCGGGUAAUAAUUAAAAUUUGCAUGAAAAUAUCACAUGUAUAAAGGAUCGGAAUGCGAUACCGGAGAUGGAGCGACAGGAAAGCGCAAAUCUUACAGUUGGGGUCUAGAAACGAAUAUUGCAUGUGAAGGUAUCUGCCAAUCAUUCUUAAAAUGUAACAUGUAAUGUAUAGGAACUGACUCCGAACUGCGAACAAAAGAAAAAAAUCUAGAACAUUUUGUAAUAUAUUUUCUUGAGGGCCAGUUUUUAAUCGCAUGUUUUGUUUCCGCGAGUCGGUCAGUGCCUGUUUAAUUCCCUCCUCUCUGUUUUCCUGUCUGGGCUGGUUCGUUGGAAUUAAUUGUAGCAUGGUGUCUAUCGUUUCCUUAAGGAGCUCUUGGUCUCCACUUGAUGUGACUCCGUUACACUGUACGACUUUUGAAGAUCAUUGUUUUUAACACUGUAAUGCAAAAUAUAAUUGAUAAAAAUAUGC